AUGAGUGGAAAACGAAUUUUCUUUAUUGAUUUAUUGAACACUUUUGAUGGAUUGGAAAGUUUAAAAAUUGGAAAAAUUGUCGACGAUGCAGAUAUUGAUAGUGGUCUGCAUUCUGAAACUUCUCGAUCCACUCACGUUCUGUCACAUGAAUCCGUUCGAAUGACACAAUAUUUUAAAAUGUACCCAUUCAAAAGUAAUCGAGAAUUUUCAGAGAUUCGCCUCGUACUCACAGAAGAUGAACAAGAAUUGAAACGACAAGAAAAAGAACUCAAAGAAGAACGUCGAAGAAUGGUUCUAAAGAAAUUGCAAUUGAAUCGAAAAAAAUCGUACAAAUUGCGCACAUGUCUUUAUGAUGGUUUGAAAGAUCAUGAAAUUUCACAACUCUUACAAAAUUACUCGUGUCAGUCCUCAUUGAAAACACUUUUAAUGACUCAUACCUUACUUGAGGAGCAUCUUGCAGAAUUAUUUUCACACUCCUCCAUUGAAACUUUAUAUUUAAAUGAUUGUCUCAUUGAAGGAAGCAAAUUCUUGGAGGAAAUUCUCAUGCAUUCACAUGUCAAAGUUCUCUCCAUGCAAAAUGUGACAUUUCGAAAAACAGCUCAAAAGAAAACAACUGCUUCUCUCAAAGUUUCGUCACCAAAAACUCGAACCAUGUUCAGCGAACAGGAGGGAGAGCUCUUUAAAAAGAAUUCGACGCUGGUGAGAUUGGAAAUUCAUUCAUGUCCCUCCCUCUUCGAUGCUCGUUUUAUGGAACAAUUAAGUGAAAAUUCGAGUAUUCGAUUUUUGACCAUUCGAAAUUGUAAACUAUCGGAUGACAAAUUGAGACCCAUUCUCAGAAAUAAUAAGACCAUCGAAGAAUUGGAUAUUUGCAAUAAUAAGGGAGGUUCUCUUACUCUUGCUCGCCUCAUUGCCUUCCAUUGCUAUCGAGGAACAGAACGAAUGAAAAUUAUUUCUGAUUAUAAUUUGGUCUAG